CAACACAGCGAGUAAAGGGGAGAGAGAGAUUGUUAUCAUCCACCAUGGCAUCAUCAUCCAUUCUUCUCCCUCCGAUCCUCUCCGCUGGCAUCAUCAGCCGUCGUAAUCUCCUCCUCUCGACCACAAUUGCCACCGUAUCUCCGUCGCCUCAACUCCCUCCUUCUCCUGACAUCACAAUCACCGAUCGCGUCUUCCUCGAUUUCUCCCUCUGUCCCACCUAUUUCCGCUCCGAUCCAUCCGCCACACUCUCCUCCACUACACCUUGCUCCGAUUCAACUCCUCUAGGCCGCGUCGUUCUCGGAUUAUAUGGCCGUCACGUCCCUCUCACUGUCUCCACUUUCAAACUCAUGUGCACUUCUUCCUCUUCUACAUCUUACAAAAACACUCCGAUCCACAAAAUCUUCCCCGGUCAGUUUUUCCUCGCCGGAAGACAAGGAUUAUGGCGAGACACGGCGGAGAUUGGUCCUCUCCUCAAGAAUCUUCCUCGGAACACCGAUGUCGUUAGUUCCAAGUCGUUCCUCCUCCCUCACGCUCGUCCUGGUCUCGUCUCUCUCUGCUUAUCCGAAAACGACGACGACGACGAGACCAGACUCGAUCCUAAUUACAGAAACGUCGAAUUCUUAAUCACUACAGGACCUGGUCCUUGUCCGCAGCUAGACGGCGGGAACAUCGUCUUCGGAACUGUGCUUGAAGGACUGGAUGUGGUGACGAGUAUAGCUACAGUUCCGACGUUUAAGCCGUCAGAGAAUAUUCGACAGUUUAACGAUUUUGCUGAGUUUUUGGGAGACGAAAGAGCUCAAAACGCACGAUCCUUGUGGAACAGACCUCUCAAGACGGUUUUCAUUAGUGACUGUGGAGAGCUUAAGGUUACAAAUCCUUCAUUCUCUCCAAGUUUGCCUUAAGUGUGUAUAUAUAUAUAUAUAUAUAUGUGUAUAUAUGUCAAUCACAAUUCUGCUUCUGCUUCUGCUUCUUCUACUCUAUGAAUAUCAAAUUGUAAUCAUUUGAAUUAUAUGCUCAAGUAUUUCUGCUUGUUCUUAAAGAUUUUGAAAGGUAAGAGCUUAUAAUCAAAACGUUUUAGACAUAGAGGUUGUUGUGGAUCGGCUUGUAAAACAAUAAACGGGAAAUGCGGUUU